AACCACUUGCCGUACUUCUGCCAUACAGCAGUACCAACUGUCGUAACAGCGCAGAAGCAGAGGUCACAACACAGGAGGAUCCAGUAUGGGAGGUGACCACGGCCACAGCAAGUUGUCCAUGCCAGACUGGCGGCAGUGGAAGGUAGAGGGCACGCCACUGGAAUUCACACAGCAAAGGUUGGCGGCCAGGGGCCUCAAGGACCCGUGGGCCCGUAACGAGGCAUGGAGGUACUCGGGUGGCUUCGCACGUGCUGUAACUCUGUCCGAUGUGCUACUGAGAGGAUUCAAGUGGGGCUUUGCUGCCUUUACCGUUGCUCUGGCUGUUGAGUACGCCCUGUUCCCACCAAAGAAGGGUUCCCACUAAUGCACAUCAUCGGCCGUACUCGUAUCCCCCGGUUAAACCCAUUGAUUCUAAUGUUAUUCUGAAUUUGCAUUCAUUAAAUGAAUUUGCAUUCAUUAAAUGUCUCUUUAAUCACCA